AUGACCUCGCUGACCAGUCAAUCUGCCGCCCAGGCGGCUCGGACGGAGGCGCCCUCAUCGCUUCCUGACAAUGUCCAGCAACUCCUCGAGCGCGUUCGCUCUGAUCAGGCCAACGUCAACCUCUUUUCCGACCUCUUGCAGGCGGCCUGCGACUAUCUUGACUCGACAAAGGCGAAGCAGUCUCACAUCUUUUGCUCGAUAGGCAGACCAUGCGACUUUGAGCUCGAGAGCUGCAUGCUCCGCGCCUUCAGCUUUCGGAACAAGGAUAACAUCGAUCGCUGGAAGGCUCGCAUCACUACCGCUAUCUAUUCCAACUGCCUCGACUGCUACAAGGGCUUUCUCAGAGCGAAGGACCAUCUUCGCUCCGUCUACCUCUCGUCGUUCCCGGCAGACAAGCUCGACGCUUUCUUUGCCUACCUGGAUUCGGUCGAGGAAGAGCUCGCUCUCAAUGUCCUCAAAAAGCUCAAGUUAAGCUCGGAGCAGCCAGCGUUGUCAAAGCUCACGCGUGCCGAGAUCUACGCUGUGCUCACCUUGGUCGCCUCGCCAAAGGCUACCAAGCUCAAUGCUGAACUCAAAAGUAUCUGGAAAAGUGAUCAGCUCAGCAACCUUCAAGAUCUACCCGCCGGUCUACUCACUCUCUGCAUCGACGAAAGCGCCCUGAUCCGCUCUUAUGCUGCCAGACCAAUGCUCUUUCUCAAGCCGCUCGCCCCAGACAUGGCGAGUCUCAGCAUCUUUACACAAGCCCUGCGACGCGUCCAAACGCGCUAUGCAGAUGACGGCGCUGAGGCAGACUGGUCGCUCCUCUCCAUCCUGCUCAACGCGGCUCCUUCGCUCGCUGCUCUCCUCACCUCAACCAUCCUCAGCCAUGUCCAUGACCGAAACGAUCGCUUUGGCGACGUCCUCAAAGCGUACGCCACCCUCUUGAAACUUCGAGGCCCUGAUACGUGGAACAUCAACAGCAGCAGCAGCAGCAAUGACAAUAUCGAUGACGCCUCCUCCGCCGCCAAGGACGACGAAUACCCCACCGUCAUCCUUUCGGGCAUCCUCGACAAUCCCUACUUUACUAAACCGCUCUUCGAAUCUCCGCAGUCCGUUUCGAACCCACGCGAAAGGGGCCUCUUCUUUGGCUGGAUGCGUCCUCACCUUGACACGCUCCGACCUCACGGAGCCAAGCUCUUCAGCGAAGCCAUCAAGCGUAUCGCUAAUUUCCUUUUUGAACGCAUGCAGCAAGGCCACGUCCCCAAAGAGUGCCGUGCAGUCGCGUUCACCGAGGCCAUCGAUCUCGUCCUCAGCCACUCGGACGAAGCCAACAGCAGGCAGGUCGUCGAUCUCUAUGCUGCUUCCAUCUCGCAGAUUGCUUUGUCCAUCGACACCAAGGCGGACGAUCCCACACGUCAUGCUGCCCGCAACCUCAUUGCGCAAGCGUUCGAGCGAGACGUGCAGACGCUCUCGCGCGCUCUGGUCAAGCUCUCGUCGCUGUCCCAUAGCAACAACAACAAGUCGAGGAUGCGCGCAAGGGCUCAACGUGAUGGCAAGUCUGUUGCCGCUGCCGAAACAUUUUACGAUGAGGUAGGACGUCAUGACUAUCCCGUGGUCGAAAUCUGCAGCAUGCUCUGGAAAGAAGUCUACAGCGUCACUUUGACUGGCACGUCGAAGGAGGGCGUCAGCAUCCUUUUGGGCGCUCUGGCACGCCUUGCCUGGUGCAUGCCGCCGUCCCUGCAGACGCACACGCUCAAGCCGCCUUCCACGGGCACCAUCCCCGCUUACGACUCCUACGUCACACGAGUGCGACAGUCCGUCGCUAGCAUGUUGAGUGCCUUUCGAGCCAUGCGACGUCCCGAGUUCGGCGAGCGUUUGGCCGACUUUGGCGAGAUCGCCUGCGAAGACGAGGCGCAGCAGCUUUGCACUGCCGACGCUUACAGCCUCUUGCUUCUCAACCUCUGUCCUGACCCUGACGUCUAUCGUCCUGCGCAGAACUUGCUCCGCCAAGCCUUCACCACGGUCGAGAGUCGUGCUGAUUGCUUCCGCAUCCUCUUCCAGAUCAAUCAUACCUCGUCCCUCCGCGCCCUCGCAGACUAUCUCCAGCAGUUCAUUCACGUAACCGGCAAACUCAUCGAGGCCAACGAGCUGGCCAAAUGGAUGGUCCGAAGUUUCGCGGACAUUGUCAACGUGCUCGCCGGCAGUACUGAUGGUCUUUUGCGCCCAGGCACGUCUUGGACCCUGAUCGAAGACCGAUCCACAUUGCAGGCGGUGGCGCUCAAGGCCCCAACUAUCUGGCGCCUCAUGUGCGAAAGUGUAGCGUCCAUCUUCAGACGAACUCCCUCUUGGUCCACCCUGCUAGCCCGAGAAGAGAUGGUGGCCUGGUUCCGAGACGUGACGAUCUUUGCCUCGGAAAUGGUGGAUUCGCUUGCCGUCUUUCGCAACGUCGUCCGCCGAGCUGCCGAAGCACCAGCCCGGUGGACUGGCAAGGCCAAAGAUGAUGCAGAGACGGAAGGUCUGGAGCCGGCUGAGGACGAGAUGAUGGUGCAUGCGUUGGCCCUUCCCGUCGAGUCGGCCACGAGCUGGCUUCGCAUGAACGACGAGGACAUUCUUCGUGAAACGCAGUCAUUCAUCCUCAAGGCGCUCGACCAGUUUGGUGUCGAGUACGACCUGCCCGCCAAGUCCAAGGAGAAGAUGCUCGGGUUCAUCAACGAGCAGAUGGGCAUCAAGGAUGCUGCUGAUAGACACACGCUGCUCACGCUCGAUGAGCUCGCCGAUCUCAAGAUACGUCUCGAUCCCAAUUCUGGCGUGAUUGAGAUCAGCGACGAGGACGACGAUACUAACAGCAUUGCUUCAGACACCAAGCUGACGCAGUCGACUUCCGCCACGUCUAUGGCCGAUUCCUCUGCAUCGUCUUUGACAAGUGUCGCUACCUCCUCAGCAGCUGUCAGGGUGCCGUCUUCGUCGACCGCCUCCUCGACACGUCCCAAGGAAGAAAGCGACAAUUCGCACUGGUGGGCCGGAGUCGGCAACUUUGGCAUGCUCAGCAAGAGCCAACAGCAACGCCGCAACAAGCUCAAGCAGUCCAAGCUCAGCUUUGCCAAGGUCAACCCUAAGGACAUCAUCGAUAUUGACAAGGACGAUUGCGCCUCGUCCUCCUCCAAGAAGCCCAUCACGCUCGACUUCACGCGCCCAAAAGCUGCACCCGCACUCGCUCCCUCGGUGCCCAUCAACGCAUAUCGUGGCGCCUCGGCUCGAGGCGUCUACCCUUCUGGCAGCGCUUCGUCGGCCGCCUCGCGCGCCGGCAUGUCCAAGACAAGCACGGGCAAAUUGGCACAGCUGCGUCAAGAGCUUGGCGGGGCAAGCAGGUCGUGGAAGCCGCAAAAUGUCAACGCGCGGUCGAACGAGAGUCGAUGGGGUCGCAACCAUGAGGACGACGUCACCGUCCGGGCACCUGCUGCUGUUAGCUCCGUCACCGGUGCGCUCAUCAACAAGAUGCCGGCACCCACCACCGACGCCGCCAAAGCAGCAGCUGCGAGGAAAGCAGGCGGCGCUGAGAGCGAUUCCACGACCUCAUCUUCCUCUUCGUCCGAGUCGAGCGACGAGGAGAGCGAGGCCAAGGGACUGGCUGCGCUCCGUGCCAAGGUAGACAAGCCUCGUGUGACAAAGGCGGCCCAGCCGCAGCGACGUCAGAUUGUGGUCAAGGAAGAUCAUCAUCUCGACCGUGCUCGUCGAGAACGUGCCGAUGCCGAGCGCAAACGCAUCCUCCGUAGCCCGCCCGACUUUUCGGCUUUGCAUCGAAGCAUCUUGACAUGGGACUAUUCGCACGACACCAACCGUCCUCCGGCCCUUGCCGGUAAGGACCCCGAGUACCGACGCAUCCAGCCGCACUUUACCAAUGCCAACGACUAUGGUUCUGUGUUCGGCCCACUCCUCUUGCUCGAAUGCUGGGCACAAUUCCGCCAAGCCAAAGAGGAAGCCGAGACCUCCAACGCGCGCAGCUUUCCUCUCGAGGUGGCCGGUCGUUCGACGGUCGACGCCUUUGUUGACGUUAAUGUCACCAUCCCGCCGGAUGUGCUUCCGCCCACUGAGUUUUUCAACGACACCGAGAUCGUACGCCUCAAGGAGAGGAUGCCCGCCAUCUCGGGCAAGCAGCCCAAGAUUGUUUUAGCCAAGGUCGAAGCUUUCAAGCGCCAUCCUCAAGGUCAUCAAUUGACGCUGCGGUGCUGCCUGUCCCAAGAUCGUCAGGGUGUCAGCACGGCGCUGGUGAAUCGCAGCAAGUGGGAACUCAAGAAGCUCUUUUCGCUCACGACGUUGCACCGAGAAUUUGCAGCCCUCAUGGCGGCGCCGUACUACGACCUCUUCUCUGAUGUCAUCCGCGGCCGUGUCGCUCCAAAAGUGACGCUCAGCAGUGACGAGGUGAGGAAGGCGAUGCACGGAUACCAAGUCAAUGAGCCCCAAGCCCGAGCUAUCCUGGGCUCUCUGGCCACCGAAGGUUUUUCGCUGAUUCAGGGUCCACCGGGUACCGGUAAGACCAAGACCAUCUGCGCCUUGAUCGGUGCGUUCGUCUCGAACCGCAAAGGCCCGUCCACGUCCGUGCAAGCCGGUCAAGCUCAAGGCAAGGUAGGUGCCACCAAGAAGAUUCUGCUGUGUGCACCGAGUAACGCCGCUAUUGACGAAGUGGCCAAGCGAGCCAGAGCCGGAAUCCGUCUGUCUGACGGCAGGACCAUCCAUCCCAAGGUAGUGCGUGUCGGAAGAGACGAGACCAUGAAUGUCAGCGUCAAGGACAUCUCGCUCGAGAACCUCAUCGAUCAGCGUCUAGAAGGCGGCAGUGCUUUCGACACCAACCGCAACGGAGGCGCCACGGCCGAUCCGAGCGCGCUGCAUGCUGAGAUCCACAACCUCAAGAUGCAGCGAGAACAGAAGCAAAAUGAACUUUCGCAAGCGCGGGCCAGCGGGAGCCAGGCUACAGUGACGCAGCUGGAAGCCGAGAUCCGCAAUCUGUCGGCCAAGAGGCUAGGCGUCAUGUCCAGGCUGGACGAAGCAAAGGAUAAGCAGCAGAGCCAACAUCGACAGCGAGACGCCGACCGUCGACGCGCCAGGAUGGAGAUUUUGGGCGAUGCCGACGUGAUCUGCACUACGCUCUCCGGAGCGGGUCACGAGAUGCUGAGCGGUGUGGCCUUUGACUUCGAGACGGUGGUCAUCGACGAAGCUGCGCAGGCUGUCGAGUUGAGCACCAUCAUCCCGCUCCGGUACGGCUGCAAGCAGUGCAUCAUGGUCGGUGACCCAAAUCAGCUGCCACCCACGGUCAUCUCUCAGGAGGCCGAGAAGCUCGGCUACUCGCAGUCGCUAUUUGUCAGGAUGUUCGAGCGAUCGCCACAGGCGGUGCAUCUGCUCAGCAUCCAGUAUCGAAUGCAUCCCGAAAUCUCCGUGUUCCCGUCCAAGGCCUUCUAUGAGUCGAAAUUGCAAGACGGACCAAACAUGGCGGAGCUGACCCGCCAGCCGUGGCACAAAUACGAGCUGACGCGGCCGUUCAAGUUCCUUUCGACAAAGGCGCCCGAGUCGCCUGGCCGCAUGCAUUCGAUCAUCAACAAGGAGGAGGCGAACGUCGCGUUGGCGCUAUACGAGCGACUGCGGACCGACUACCCCACAGAGAAUUUCGACUAUCGAAUUGGUGUGGUGACGAUGUACAAAGCGCAGGUAUUUGAGCUUAAGCGAACCUUCCAGCAGCGCUACGGUCUCGACAUUGCGGAUCGAAUUGAUUUCAACACGGUCGAUGGCUUCCAAGGCCAGGAGAAGGAUAUUAUCAUCCUCAGCUGUGUGCGUUCCGCCGCCGAGCCUCGAAGUAUUGGUUUCUUGAGCGAUCGACGUCGUCUCAACGUAGCUGUGACGCGUGCCAAGAGCAACCUGUUCGUCAUUGGUAAUGCCGAGCACCUUCGUCGGGGCGACCCUACAUGGGAAAGGCUGGUGGCCACUGCGGAGCAACAAGCAGCGAUCCAGCCAAUCACGGUGGCCAUGCUGCAGAGAGGUGACCGGACGCUGGCCAAGGAUCGUGCUGCGAUGGGGCAGAAGCGACCGCCAGUUACCAACGCACCUGCUGCUAGCGCUGCGCCUCAUCCCAAGCCAGCCACGGCACCUCCCGGACCACCCCCUGCCAGGCCACCCUCGAUGGCACCUCUCAGGGCGACGAACUCGACCUCGUAUGCCCCUCCGCCCGUCAGUGCAGUAGUCGCGCCCGUACGUCAGCCGAUGCAGAAUCCCAAUGGUGUGCCUGGGAGCAAAGGUGCUGGAGGAGAAAAGAAACGCAAAGCAAUCGUGGUCGACGACCCGAAGAUCUUGCCGAAGAAGCCCCGCGUAUCUGCUGAGAGCGAGAGAUCCAUCAGAACUGGAUCGCAAGCCUCACAGUAUUCCAGACCAGGCGAUGGAGGUGCUGCGGUGAACGGCCAAGCCAACCCAAGUCCAAAGGGAGGCGCGCCGGUGCGACCGCCUCGAACCAACGGGCCGGCCGAGAAUCUGCCUUCAGGCAAGCUUCGCGUGCCGCCUCGUCAGAGUCCACAAGGGGUGCCAGCGGGCCCUCCCAAGAGGCCCGUGACUCCGACAGGAACAAGUCCAAGAGAACGCGUGCCGAUUGGUGUUCCCAUUCGAAACGGGAUGGGCAACGGAAGCCCACGAGGAUUGGCAGCUCUGCCUCGGAGACCUGCCAGCCCACCGAAGCCAUCGAACGCCGCACUCAAUGCCUUAUUCGUCAAGAAGCGCAAAUAG